GUGGAUCCAGAAUGUUUUAUGAAUGUUACUGAAAUUAUCAGGUAUCAUGGAUACCCUGCUGAGGAGUAUGAAGUUGUGACUGAAGAUGGUUAUAUCCUUAGUAUUAACAGAAUUCCUAGUGGGAAGAACAGUUGGAACAAAGGAAAAAAACCUGUGGUGUUUUUGCAGCAUGCAGUCCUAGGAGAUGCAAUCACUUGGAUUUCUAACCUGCCUAAAAACAGCCUGGGCUUCAUCCUAGCAGAUGCUGGCUAUGAUGUUUGGUUAGGAAACAGCAGAGGGAACACCUGGUCCUUAAAGCAUAAGACUCUUAAGCCCAGCCAGAAAGAGUUCUGGAAGUUCAGUUUUGAUGAGAUGGGUAAAUAUGAUAUUCCAGCAACACUACAUUUUAUCCUGGAAAAAACUGGACAGAAACAGCUCUAUUACGCUGGCCAUUCAGCAGGGACAACUAUAGGUUUUACAGCAUUUUUAACUAAUCCAGAGUUGGCUCAAAAAAUCAAAGUCUUUUUUGCAUUGGGUCCUGUAGCCACACUUACUUAUGCAACAAGCCCUGUGAUAAAGUUUUUGCGUCUUCCUGAAUCAUUACUCAAGAUCUUCUUUGGUAAUAAGGGAGUCUUUCAACAAUAUGAACCUCUGAAGAAAUUUGUUACAAAAUUGUGUACUGUCCUAAGUAAGUUUUGUACCUCGAUCUUCUUUUUCGUGGCUGGCCAUAAUAUUCCAAAUAUGAAUAUGAGUCGUGCAGAUGUAUAUGUAGCACAUGCCCCUGCUGGAACAGCUGUGCAAAACAUACUACACUGGCAUCAGGUAUGCCGUGCAAAGCAAUUCCAAGCUUAUGACUAUGGCUCUAAAGUAAAGAAUAUGGAGAAAUACAAUCAGACAACCCCUCCUGCAUAUGAAAUAGAAAAUUUGAAAAUGCCAGUUGCUGUUUGGAGUGGUGGACAUGAUGUGAUUGCAGACCCAAAGGAUAUUGCCAUGUUACUCCCUCAAUUUACUAAUCUUAUUUUUCAUGAGCAUUUCCCAGAUUGGGAACAUCUAGAUUUCAUCUGGGGUCUUGAUGCAGCCAUGCGUAUGUAUGCAAAAAUCAUUGACCUGAUAAAGAAGUAUCCCUAAAGCUGCAUGACAAGGAUUGAAGUAAAACAAUUUAAUCUA